CCCAGACUAAUCGCGGACUUCUCCAGCAGUCGGUCCCACCCAGAGCCAGCACCUGAUGCCGCCUGUUAAAUGCUGAUAGAGUCACCUCGGCGUCAGUCAGCAGAGGAGAACAGCCGCUGGCGACGCUGGGGGCUUCGCGGUCCGAGGAGCCCGAGUCAGCCUAGAGCCUCGCGCCGCAGCCAUGGGGGCAUGUCCGCGCCCCGGGGCCUGGCUCCGCUCCGUGGGGUUCCUCGGGGCGUUGGCGCUGCUCGCCCUGCCGCAGGCCAGCGGUGACUGUAAUGCCCCAGAUGAGUACACUAAUAUGGCGCUGAGUGAGGUAUUCAGAGAAAGAACAUGCCCGUAUCCAUAUGAUUUAGAACACGGUCAAAUUCAUAUACCAGAUGCCUCAGUUGGUUCACAAAUUACAUAUUCUUGUAAUGAAGGCUACACUUUAAUAGGUAAUGUUAAUAGAAACUGUGAGCUUCAUGGACAGAGAGUUGUGUGGACUGGUGCCGAUCCAUUUUGCAAAAUUAAUACUUGUGAACGACCUCCACGCAUCGAAAAUGGGAAGCACAGUGAUAGCCACAGGGUGUUCUUUACCUAUGGUGAGUCAGUGACUUACCACUGCCAUUCAAGAGAUGGAUAUCAUGUUUGGCUUAUUGGAAAUCCCACCAUUUUUUGUGAUAAAGAUGGAGAAUGGAAUAAGUUGCCUCCUAAAUGUAAAGAAGUCAAAUGUGAAACUCCAAAAGUUGACAAUGCAGUCCAGCUAACAGGAUUUGGAUCCUUUCAUACUUACAAGGACACAAUUGUUUUCAAAUGUGAAGAUGGUUAUUUCUUCUUACGAGGUAACGGCACAAUUACCUGUGACGUUGAUAGUAAUUGGAGCCCUGUACUUCCAGUUUGUUUUGCAGAACCUCCCAAUAAAGAACCACCUUACCCAAGUCGUCCAGGGUCUACUGAUACUUCGCAACAAGAACCACCUGUCUCAAGUCAACCAGGGCCUUCGCUUCCUCCCAAUAAAGAGCCACAAGGUUUUGGCAUCAUUAUCGUGAUAGUUCUUACCAUAGUUAUCGUGUUUUCAAUGAUCAGCUUUAUCGCUUAUCGUCGGUACAAGGAGAAAUAAGGGAUUGAUCAUUCACAUUUUAUUCAGUCAGACCUUUUUCCCUUCCUCUGUUCAGCAAAUACAUAACUGAUGGAAUCCACAAAGAAGAAACACAUUUAAAUUCUCUUACUUCUCCUAAAGAAGACGCCUUAAUGAAAGAAAGGUUUACUUAAAUCAUUAAAAGGAAAAAUGCAACGAUUCCUGUUAGUGCUGAUUACAAACCUAGCCCGGAACAAGGGAACCAUUCUGAGGAAAGCAAGUGUAUGGUUUCAGUAAAUUAAUGUAACCACCAA